CGCGCCAGUUUGCUGGCGAACUCGAGCGAAGUUGCGAGCGUGCUCGGGCUAGACGCCGCCGUCUAGACGCGACGCGACGCGCUCCGAACCACCUUCGGGCUUACCUAUUACUACUACUACUACUACUACUAGUAUUAAUAGUAGUCUAGUACUACAUAUUACUGGGUAGGAUAAAGGGUGCUACCAAGGAUAUUAUAUUUGUUCAUCGAUUAAUGAGGAUUGUGGUGUGAUAUGAUCGGGGUUAUGGUCGAUGGUAUUAUGGUCGAGAAUCGACCGGAACUCGUAGUUAUUGUCGCCAUGAUCGUCGGUAAAUCGGUAUCGUCGUUCUUGUCCUGGACAAGAUCAUAGUGUGAGCGCUGUUAUGCCUCGUCGUUUGGUGAAUCGUCGACCGGAGAAAGCAGAAGAAGCAGAAGACGAAGAAGAAGAAGAAGAAGAAGAAGAAGAAGAUAAAAAAAAGAAGAGAUAGACGGAUCAUUAAAGCGUGAUAAUUCAAAGGUGAAAGGUUAACUAAGGUGCGUGAUAAAGAAAUCGAUCGGUGAAUCACAAAGAAUCUUUCCUUUGGUUUGGUGAAGAUCGAAGAGGUACGAAACUUUGCUAUAGACGAUAUAGUAGAGAGAGAGAGAGAGAGAGAGAGAGAGAGAGAGAGAGAGAGAGAGAGAAAAGACAGAGACAAAAAACAACCAGAAAAAAGAAGAACAAGAACAAGAAGAGAGAAAAAACAAAGCAAGAAAGAAAGCAAGAAAGCAAGAAAGAAAGAAAAAAAAAAAAGAAGAAGUCACGGCCGCGGGGGUGGCCAAUAGUGUGAGAGUGCGAUUUAACGCUCGUUGGGAUUUUACCGCAGUAAAAGUGGGUGCACUGGGGCCCUCGGGACCGUUCGGCCGGUACGGGCCCGUCGAAGGUGGGCCUGCUGGUGCUGGUGCUGGUGCUGGUGGUGGUGGUGGAGGUGCUGGAGGUGCUGGUGGGCCUGUCGAGGGAGCGGUGGCAGGGGUGGCCGCUGUCGCGGCUGGGGAGGUGGAGGGCUACGGGAGCGCCGGUGGCGGUGGCGGUGGGCUGGGAGGGGGACCCGGGGGGGUUGGUACCCCCCGGAUAAGGCUCGGCGGCUCUUGCUGCACGCGCCUUUCCGUCACCCAGGCUUGUAGCAUAGCAGGAAGACGAGGUCUGGCGAUGCUCCUGUCAUGUGCAGGAUGCGAGAAACCGAUACUGGAUCAGUACAUGCUCAACGUUUUGGAUCGAGUAUGGCAUGCCCAGUGUGUUCGCUGUUUCGAUUGCGGAUCCGCGUUACAGGACAAGUGUUACUCCAGGGAAGCAAAACUUUUCUGCAGGGAAGACUUCUUCAAACGAUACGGAACGAAAUGCGGAGGAUGUCUUCAAGGUAUCGGACCACAGGACCUAGUGAGGAAGGCAAGGGACAAGGUUUUCCACCUGAAUUGCUUCACCUGCGUGGUCUGUCGAAAGAAGAUGAGCACUGGGGAGGAACUUUACAUUCUGGACGACAACAAAUUCGUUUGCAAGCAAGAUUACAUGUCCGGGAAAUCGAUCCCAGAUACUCAUCACGUGCAUGGUCAUCACGAAUCGUCCAACCUGUCGGCAGGAGGAGACUCACUGAUGGGUUCCGGAUCGGAAGACGAGGACGAGGACGGUAGUGCGCACCAUCAUCAUCAUGGGGGUGUCGGUGGUACUCAUCUUGGUUCACACAAUAUGGGUCCUGGUGGUCCAGGUGACCAAAAUGUUGGACAUACUGGUGAUCUACAACUUGGGGCUGAUCCUUGCAAACAGGAGGACUCUGAGGAUCAAGGUUCCCUAGAUGGUGACCCAGAAACGAGAGACAGUCAAACGGAAAACAAGAGUCCUGAUGGUGGUGCUGGUGGUGGAAGUGGAGAUGGAGGUGCGGGAUCGAAAAGACGAGGUCCCAGAACAACCAUCAAAGCUAAACAAUUGGAGAUAUUGAAGAACGCUUUCUCAUCUACACCUAAACCUACCAGGCAUAUCAGAGAACAAUUGGCCAAGGAAACUGGAUUGCCCAUGAGAGUCAUACAGGUCUGGUUUCAAAAUAAGAGGAGCAAAGAGAGAAGGUUGAAGCAAUUAACGUCGAUAGGUAGAAGUCCGUAUUAUGCUGGCUCGAGAAAGAUCCGUGGAUUCCCAUUGAAUCUCAAUCCAGCUUUGGGAGGAGAGGAUGGUCCACCACCUAGUUUCGCUUAUUUCGGCGACAAAUUUGAAUUUGGUUAUGGUAGUCCUGUUACGUUUCAUCCGGAAUUUUUUGGUGCGCAUCCUCCCCCACAUCCACAUGGGCCACCUUUCGCUGGACCAGGUAAUCCUGUACGUAAUCUGUUCUUGACAGGUCUAGACCCAGCCAGUUUAGCGGGUAUGGCAGCAGCAGUGGCGGUGACAGGGGAGUAUCCACCUCCGGGUGCGGGAGGUGGCCCUCCGGAAUUUCUCACAGGGCCCCCUGGGCAGGGGCCUCCUGCACCCACUGGUGGCAGCCCCGGAGAGUUCCUAGCACCUUCAGGUGGAGCGCAGGGUAAUCCUAGUGGUGGGGGAAAUGGUGGAGGACCAGGCGGCGGUGGUGGUGGGGGUGGCUUCCUCGAGCCUCACCAGAUGCAGAGUGAAGGUCUAGCCUGGUAGUACGAGUUUUAAUUUAAAAAAAACACACACACACACGCGCACACACACACACACACAUACACACAC